AGACGAAUUUGAUCAAAUUCAAUAUGGAGGAAAGUACAAACGACGGCGAUGAAAACAAGCCUGCAACUGGGAAGAAGCGACAACAGCUUGAAUCUCCGUUUUCUGCUGCGACACCGAAAUCGCGUCUCGGAAAGGAAUCGAAAAGGUUUUUCGGGCGUUCUGCUAUGAAUUUGGCCGAUGGAAAUCUUGAAGAAACUCGCAUUGAGCCAGACUCGCGCCAUUCGUCUACCAGUACCUCCGACUCUAUUCUUGAUGAUUCUUCAAUCUCCAAUUUUUCCACACUCGCCCCGCCAAAUACCUCCGUUGAUGAUAACAGUGUCUGUGAACCGCCAAGAGCUUCCUCAGCUCAUGAUGUCGAUCCUAAUUUGGAACAAACGAAGGUUUACAGUGAAGACAGCAUCAGCAAAGACUGUAGCAUUGCUGACGAGAGUUUUGCGACUGAUGGUGACGUCACACUGGCGAACGACUUCUUCCAACAAGCAACGAUUCAAGAUCUAGAGAAUACUCCGUCAACACCACUUCGGAGCCAGACACAAGUUGGAGACGAAAGUACACCAACUGCUCCUUCCCCACUUCGUUCGAAAAUUCCAAUCGAGAGUGAGGUUGUGCAGUCAACUUCUGUAGAGUCAGUUCAGUCAACAUCUCAGCAUGAAAAAUCGAGAAUUGAAUAUUCUUUAUAUGAAUUCGAAAUGCUGGAGAAAAAUAUCGAGCAUGAUGAAGUCGUUAAAGAUCUUCAAUUGAAAAUUGAACUUCUUGGAGAGAAACAUAGACAAACUCUUGUUGAAAUUAAAGAAGCUCGUGAAGUUGAAGAGAAAAUGCUCAUGCAACAAGUGGAGGAGGCUGUAAAAAAGACGAAAUCUGAGCGCGAAGCUGCAAAAACUCUGGAACAACUUCUUGAGAAACGGAUUGAAGAGCUCGAGAUGAAAUUAACGGAGCCGAACGGAGAGAAACUACAGUUUGAACAUCAGUUGGAAGAGUUGAAGAGUCGUUGUGAAGAGCUUACUGACAAAGCACUGAAGGUUGAUGUCAUGCAACACAGCAUUGAGGACUACGAAAAAAAGUUUGUGGAGUUGCAAGAAAUGAAAGAGGAGGCUGAUGAACAACUGCAAAAGGCUAAGGAAGACAUUGAGACACUACAGAUGAAGUAUGUGGAAUUGGAGACAACGAUCAACAAAGAGGUGUUCUCCAACUCUGAAAUUGAAACUCUGAAGUCGGAACAUGAAAUUGUUCGUAAACUGAUGUUGGAUGAAAUCCAUCGUCUUGAGAAUGAAAUGUCUGCUCUUCAACCGAAGAAUGAUACUACUGAACUGGAAGAACUUCAGAAGACUCUCGAUGAUCUCAAAAUUGACUGUUGCAAUUUGACUUCAAAAAUGCUUGAACUUCAGUCAGAGCUCGUAGAAGUGAAAGAGAAAGCCACGUCAGAAAUUGGGGAAGCUGUUCAGAAAAACGGUGAACUCCUGGAACAGAUCAAUAGCCUUCGCGUCGAAAAUGCAAAAUUGGUGGACAUGGAAGGUCAGCUAAACGAUGCACAUCGUAAAGCGGAAGAUAAAGAUGUUCGAAUCAGUGAACUAUUGACUACCAUUGAGUCUCUUCGUCAAGAUUCUGAGGCCAGCGAUAAACUUCUAAUGGAUUCGGAGUCUACACAAAAUGAGUAUUCGCUUGCUCUUGAAAACACAGUCUCUGAGUUGGAAACAAUGCGAAGAGAAUAUAAGGCUUCGGUGGAUAAAGUUUGCAGUCUUCAACUGGAACUAGAAGAAAUUCAACAUGAAACAUCAGUUGAAUUGGAAGAGGCGGAAAUAAGAAUUAAAGAAUUGGAGUUGGCACAAGAAGAAGCUGUAAAAACUGGAAGUUCACAGCUCAAGAAGCUAGAAAUUGUUCAAGAAGAUUGUCAGAAGCUUCGUGAUCAAUUGAAGGAGGAACAAAUUCAGCAACUUGUAUCUCUUCGCGAGACUUCUGAAGUCAUGCACCAGGAAUCGGCUCGACAUCAAGAAGAAAAGUACCAGAUUCAGAGCAAGUUGAUGUCGACGGAAGCAGAAGUUAUUGAGCUGAGAUCCUCUAUUGAUUCUCUCCAAGCUGAAGUUCGAGUGCAGUCAGAUUCCGCCGCAGACCAAAAACACAUCCUUGAAGAUUAUUUGAGAAAAAUUCGGCAAGCAGAGGAAACCAACGAAAAACUUCGCUCUGAUUUGGCCUCCUCUGAAGAACAAAUUCUAGAUCUGAAGAAUCAACAGGAAUCAUUGAUUGAUGAUUUGAAGGAAAAAUUGCACUCUGCAGAAAGUACGAAUCAAGAAUUGCAGGUCUCUCUGGAGAUGCUCAAGAUAGAAGUCAGUAAUGCUCGUCAGAAAGUGAUGGAGAGUGAGGUUUUAAAAGAAUCUUUCGAAGCCCUUCAACUGGAGUUGUCGGCAUCACAAGAAGUUUCUCGAUCAGUGGUUGAUGCUGCAGUUCAAGAAAAAGAUGGUCUUCUGAGACUGGUGGAUACGCUGAAGUUGAAAAUUGAAGAUACGGAAAAGUCUGCUCAAGAUCUUCAACAAAGCUCUGUGGAAGAGAUAAAACAACUUCAAUUGGACCUUCAAAAUUUCAAACAAAAUGCUGAAGUUCUCGAAUCUCUGAAUGAAAAACUAAAUUCUAGUCACAAGAGGGAUAUGGUGGCGUUGGCAUCUCAACUAGAAGAGCUUCAACAUAAACUCGUCGUCGGAGAAUCCCAAGUGGAAAAUGUUAAGGAAGAACUGAUUGGAGCUAAGAUAAUGAACAAGGAAAUGGUUGAUGAACUGAAUGCGAAGCUUGGGGAUGCUCUUGAAGGGAUGGAAGAACUGAAAAAGAGCCUAGAAGUAUCCGAAGCUAAAGUUCAGAGAAGAGAAGAAGAGCUAAUCGCUCAAGUAUCGAAACAUCGUGAUCAGCAGGAGCAGCUUCAAUUGACUCUCGACGAGCUCAAAUCGGCUCAACAUUCCACGGAAACAUCCCGUUCCCAGUCAAAUGAACUUGCUGCUCGUAUCGAAGAGCUUGAAGCUUCCAUCUCCUUUGCACAGAAGGCUCUUCAAGAUGUAGAAGACGUCAAACAUCAACAAGACAUUCAGAUAUCUGAGGCGAAUGAGGCAAUGGUAAAGCUGAAGCAAGACUUUGAGACAGAGAGGACAUCACUUCAAAACGAGUUCAACCAAACUGUUUCCGCAGACAAAGAGCAGCUUGGUCAUGCUGAACAAAUGAUUGCUCAGAAAGAAAAAGAGAUUAUCACUCUCCAAGCUCGAAUCGAAGCGAUGUCUCAGCAGUUCGAGGAGCGCCUUGAAGCAUCGAAUGUUUGGAAGACCCAAGCCAUGAAUGUCGGUACACUGACUGAAUCGUUGUCUCAGUUACAAGUACAACUUCAACAAAUGAAUGAGAAGCUGGUUGCAUCGGACAAAUACGCAGUUGAAGUGGAGCAGCAAGCUCAGCAUGAUAUAACUGUGAUCCAGGAAGAGAAGAACGAGCAAUCAGCGGCUCUAGAAGAAGCACUAUCCAAAAUAGCGGAACUUGAGGAGCAACUGGGAAGAGCCCAGAAGGAGAUUGUACGACUCGAGAAGGUGUGUGACGAUUUCGACGACGUUGAACGAGAGCUGAAGGAUGCCAUCUCGAAGCUUCAAUCUGAGAUAAAGCAAUUGAAAGGAAUCAAGAAACCACCAAAAGUAAUGGGACUCCUUCAACAGGCCAGACUUGGAGUGAAGCCGCUGAGUCGUGAACAUUCUCAUGCGGAGCCACCAGAGCCUGUUGUUGAGGACAAGUUCGAAGAUGCUCAGGAUUCGUUCCAAGAAGAGUUUUCCCAUUCGCCAGAUGCUAUCACGUCAUCUACGGUACUCCAUCCAGAUGAUCAUCUUCAAGAAACAACUGCAGUUGAAACGCCGUCGAAGAAGGCGAACCGCUCAAACUGCAACCAGCAAUAAUUUGAACUCGUAUUUUAUUUAUUUUUACUUUUUGUGUGCCAUUACGUAUUUCCGCGCACUACUCAACUGUGAAUGUCUUUCCGGGUCAGAAUAAAUGUCUUUAUGUG